AUGAUUAAAUUUACAAAUGAAAAACUUGGUGUUUUUGAGAAAAUGAUAAAACCUCCAGAAGAUAGAAAAGCAAAUAUGAAAUAUUAUAAAAAAAAUUGUAUUGUAGAUGAUAAUGGUAAGGCUAAUUAUUUAAAAAAUUAGAUUUUUAUUGAAGGAGGAAAUGGUGAAACUUCAAAAUAAUUAAAUAGUGGCUAUUUAUAUUAUGAUGAGAAUAAAAAAUAAUGGUUAAGAACAACUAACCCAGUAAAUGAUUUAACAACACUAUUUAGAAAUUUUAUUAUUUAUAAAUUAACUUAAUAAGGUGGAUUUAAAGUUAGAUAAUUUAUUUCUUCUUGCGGAGAAUACAUUUUUCUCGUUAUUUAUUGCUCAUAUUUAAAUCUUAAGGUUUAGGCAUCUAUUAGUUCUUUAAAUAAAUAGUUAUCAUAUUGCUAAACUGAUAUUUUUUCAUUAGAGCCGACUGAUUCAAGGUUAAGGCCUUUAAGAUUGAAUAAUAUAAUAAAAAUAAAUUAAGAAAAUGAAAACGUAAAGAAAGUUUUAGAAGAGCUUAAAAAUUAAAGAAUAAAAGAAAGGUUUACUAAAGAAAUCGAACCAUUGGAAAAUUCAUUUUUAUUAACUAAUUAUGAGGAAUUUUUAGAAUAAAAAUAAAAUAAAAUAAAAUAUUAAUAUUAGGCUGAUGAACUUGAAUAUAAAUAUUAAAAAAAAAGGACUGUUUUUCUAGAAACUAUUGAAACUUUAAAAGAAAAUAUUAGAAAAUAAGUUACUGAAGAACUUAAUAAUUAAUCACAAAGUAUAGUUUUAGGAAAAAGCUCAUAGAGUGAUUAAAAAGAAGAUUAAGAGCUUGAAAAUCUUAAAAUUGAAAUUUUUAAACUUUUAUAUUCUAUUAAUUUAAAAAAGUUAAGCUUUGAAACUUAAUCCUAAUAAAUAAAGCAAUUUAUAUAAUUUAAAAUGCAAUAAUAACUUGAAAAAGCAUUUAUAAGUUCAUUAGAAGAGUCAAAGAAAAAAUAAUUUGGGAAUAACAUAAAGACAAUAUGGGAUAAAUAUAAUAUAAAGUAUAGUCCAAUAUACACAGAAUAUUUAUAUACUUCAUAAAAAUAAAAAGUACGAAAUCGUAUAAAAUACGAAAAUUUAUGGAAUAAAAAAGUCAUUAAUAUAGACGAAAAAUACGACUUGUUUACAAAAAUGUAAAGAAUAAAAAUAACUUAUUCAAUUUUGGUUAGAUUAUUUGACUUUUCGAAAUUAAAAAAUAAAUAUAAUUUAAUUCAUAACUAUUUCCCAUUACAUGAUUAGUUUAUGCUUACCGGAAACGAUAUAUAUUGUGAAAUGUUUUAUUAAGCCUGGUUAAAUUAAAAAAAAUAGGAAUUUCUUUUAAAAUAUGAUUUAGAUGAUCAUAAGCUUGAAGAAAACGGAGAGUCUAUAAAACUAAUAAAAAACAAAAUAUUUUCAGAGGAAAUUUACAAAAAAGAAUUCGAAUAAAAAAGAGACUUAUUUAAAAAAAACUGCCUUCUGUAAAUAUGGAAAGGAACUUUUAAUUACUAUGAUAUUCCUUAGAAGGAAAUAAGGGAUUAUUUUGGGGAAAAAAUUGCACUUUAUUUCACUUUUUUAACCUUUUAUAUUAAAUUUACACUUCCUAUUGCAUUUUUAGCACUUCCAGUAUUCAUUAUUUAAGAAUUAAAUAUUGGAAGUAGUGAUGAGAAUGAAGAUGAUGGAUUACUUGAAUAGUCUUUUUCGAUUAUUUUUACACUUAUUGUUGUUUUAUGGGCUAAUAUUUUCUGUGGUUAAUGGAAAUUAAUAGAAACUUAAUUCGUUUUGAAAUAUGGUAUGUAGGAUAUUGACGAUGAUGAUAAUAUAAGACCAGGGUUUAAAGGAUAAUAUGUAAGAUCAAUAAUAUCAAAUAAAUUAAAUGAAUUAAGUUAUGAUAAAAACGAAACAUUAAAGAUUGAGUUUUUGACUUGGGCCAUUAUAUUUAUUGUAAUGAUAGUUAAUACAAUUAUUAUAUAUGCAUUAUUGUAUUUAUAAGUAUUUUUCGAUAAAUACAACAAAAUCGAUUAGGGUAAAAGCUUUUAAGCCUUAAAUAUUUUAGUCCCUACUCUUAUUUUAUAAUUAAUUUAUAGUAUUUUUGAAUAUUUUUAUCAUUUUUUGAUUGGAAAAUCAUGUGAACUAGCUAAUUAUAAAACUUCUUAAGAAUAUGAAGAUAGCUACUCCUCUAAAAUUUUCAUUAUAACACUUUUCAAUCAUCUUAUUCCUCCUACUUUAAUUUCUUUUAUCAUAAAUCUUAAUAUAAGAUGUGUUUAAGCUGAUUGCAUGUUUCAUCUUAAAGGAUAUGUCAGAUCAUAUCAAUAUUAUUUAAUUCUUAAAUAAUUAAAAGAUUGUGCUAUGCCACUUUUUUACAGAUUUUAUAUUUUUGCUAAAGAAAUCAAUAUUACAAUUAGAAGAAAUCUUGGAUUAAGCAGCACCUAAAUUAUAAACGAAAAUACCAAAAUAAAUAAUUAAAUUGAAACUGAAUCUAGAUAAAGUUAUAUUUUUUUAUAUAAAAUUUAAUUGUUUAUAAAUAUUAAAAAAAGAAUCAAAUACAAACGAAUAAAUUGA